AUGAGUGCUUCACCUCCAGAGGAAACCCCUCUUGAUACUACUUCAUCAAUACCUGAGGAACCUGAACAACAACAACAACCAGAAUCAUCAAUAGAACAUCAAGACGAUGAGGAAGGAGAUGUUAAUGAAGCAGAAGACAAUGAAGAUGAAGAUGAACAAAAGGAAGAAAAAGAAGAUGAAGAUGGUGAUACUGAAGCAAAACAAUCUUCAGACAACAAUGAUGCUGCAAAUGAUAAUGAAGAAGGUGGUAAUUUAUCAGAAGCAUCAACUGAAGAGUCAACCGAAGAAUCGGCCGAAGAAACACAAACAAACCCAACUGAAGAUAAAAAUAAUGAACAGCAACAACAAGAUGAUGAUGAUGCUGAGUCUGAGAAUAAAGUUGAGUCAAACGAACAUCAAGACAAUACCAAUUCCAAUGAUAACAGUAAACAAGACAGUAAUAGUGAUAAUGAUAUGCAAUUUGAUAUACCAGAUGCACCAGAUGCAAUCGAUGCUGCCUCUGAAUCUGAAAAACAGGAACCAACCAACGUUGAUGCUGAUGACAAUCAAGAUAAAAUGGAUGUAGAUAUUCCUCAAGAAACAUCAAUUGCUUUCACAACAAAUACACAAAACACCAAUACUGAAGAAUAUGAAAAGGAAGAAUCUAAACAAGAAUUGGGUGAAGAUGAAGAAUUGAAACAUAUUCAAGAAGAUGACCCAUCAUUUGAUGAAAAUUAUAAUUCUAAUAAUGACCCUGAUAAAUCUAAUGAUGAUUUUGACACAUCUGCUUUAAUAAAUGGUGACGAUUUUAAUAUGGAAAUUGAUGAUCUAGAUUAUUCAAAAGAUGUAGAAUCAGAAUCUAAUCAACAAGAAGGAAAACCAGAAGAAGAAGAAGAAGAAGAACAGAAAAAAAAUUCUGAAUUAUCUGAAGUGAAAUCAAAUGUUGAAUCUACAAGUGAUCAAAAAGAAUCUGAAAUUAAAGAAGAAAGUACAGGAGAAAACCCAAAUGAAUCACAACCAACUACAACUUCGGUUGUUGGUGCUUCAGCGACUGAACCUUUGUCUUCAAACCAAAAUACUAGUAUUGCUAGUUCAGAAGUAAAAACAAAUACAACUGAUAAAGAUGUUGAUAUGGACCAACAACAAAAAGAAGUAGAACCAGAAUCAAAAGAAAAGGAGGAAGAUGAAGAAGAUGAAGAAGAUGACCAAGAAGAGGAAGAUGAAGAUGAACCAGAAGAACCACCAAAGGAAAAACCUCAAUAUAAACAAACACAUUUAAUAGUUAUACCAUCAUAUGCUAGUUGGUUUAAUAUGAAAAAAAUCCAUAAAAUUGAAAAAGAAUCAUUACCAGAAUUUUUUGAUUCAAUUCAUCCAUCUAAAUCACCUAAAUUAUAUGUUAAUUAUCGAAAUUUCAUGAUAAAUUCCUACCGAUUAAAUCCUAAUGAAUUUUUAACUUUAACUUCAUGUCGUCGUAAUUUAGUUGGUGAUGUUGGGACAUUAAUGAGAGUGCAUAGAUUUUUAAAUAAAUGGGGACUAAUAAAUUAUCAAGUUAGACCUCAAUUUAAACCAGGUUAUGCCCUUGAAAAAAUGCCUAAUGGACAAUCAAUGGAUUUACCUUAUACUGGAGAUUAUCAUGUUAAAUUUGAUACACCAAGAGGUCUUUUCCCCUUUGAUACUUCACGUAUACCUGUUGAAAGAGUUGAUGUGAAAAAAUUACAACAAUUGAUGAAUGAAAGUUCUAAUUCUAACUCAGGAGAAGUUAAACAAGAAAAACAACCACCACCACCACAACAACCACCACCACAGCAACAAAAACAAAAUGGGAAUAAAGGUAAGAAACAUGGAUUAGAAGAAGAAGAAAAAGUAGAAAUAGAAGGGAGUCAACCACCAUUAAAGAAGAAACACCAAGAAGAUGGCUGGACCAAAACAGAAAAAGAUGCUUUAAUUAGUGCAGUUAAAACAUUUAAAAAUGAUUGGUAUAAGAUUGCUCAUCAAGUUGGAGGGAAUAAAACUCCUGAACAAUGUAUACUUGAAUUUUUAAAAUUACCAUUAGAAGAUAAAUUUAAUCCUAUAAAUGAUGAAGAUGAAACUAAUAUUAAAUUAUUAAAAUAUGCAUCUAAUUAUCCUAUUAGUUCAAUUGAUAAUCCUGUUUUAGCAAAUUUAACAUUUAUGACUAAAUUAGUUGAUAGUAAUGUUGCUAAAGCUGCUAGUGAAGCUGCUAAAAAAGCAAUGGAUGAAAGUAUUGAAAACAAAGUUCAAGAAGUAUACAAUGGUAAUAAUAACACCAAUGGUGGUAAUGGUGGUAAUGUUGAAAGACAAUCAAGUGGGAAAGAUGCUAUUGCUACAACUUUUGGUAUAAUUGGUGGUCGGAGUCAUUUAUUUUCAAAUUAUGAAGAACGAGAAAUGCAUAAAAUUGGUUCAAGUAUAGUUAAUCAUGAAAUUUCAAAAAUUGAAACUAAACUUGAUAAAGUUGAAGAAUUGGAAAAAAUUUAUGAACGUGAACGACAAAAUAUGUUAAAACAACAAGAAGAAUUAUUUAUUGAUCGAAUUUCAUUAACAAAAUCAACUAUUGGUGUAAUAAAAAAAUUAGAAGAAGCAAUUAAAUUAAUUGAAUCAAAUAACAAUAACAAUAACACUGCCACUGGUAGUGGUGGUGGAGUUCGUGAUUCAACAAAUAUUAAUGGAUUAUUGAAUGAGGCUAAAUCAUUAUUAUAUAAACCUACAAGACGUGCAUUAGAGCAAAUUAAAAAUGGUGAUAACACCAAUAACACUGCUAGUAAUAAUAGUACUACUGGUGAUGAUGUCAAUGAUGGUGGUAGUAAAAUAAAUUCAACAACAACUGGUGGUAGCACAACUAUUGAUGUUGAAUUACAAGAUGAUAGUUUUAAACCAUUAUCAUUAAAAACUCCUCAAACUUUUAAAAUUUGGGCACCAUAA